AUGCAGCACCUCCUGUACCGGGCUGACAUCCUUGAUCUCAUGAAGGGAUCAAGAUGCGGUCCAAAGCGCGCAGCAGCGAGCUCGGGGACAACCGCAAUGCGACGGGCGAAGUUCGCUGUCCCCGUGGCAGUAGGAGUGCUUGAACUGGGCCGAUUUCUCGCGGAUGUCGUCUUAACCAGACAGAUGCCGUUACUGAAGGAUUCGCUUAUCGUUCUACUGUUCUAUCCUCUGAGUGACUGGGAGGGAGACGAGAUUUACUGGGAGGGAGACGAGAUUUACGUGGAGGGAGCGCCAUCGAGCGAGGAGCUAGAGAAGCUUGCGGAAAGUCUGCAUGGGAGGCUUGAGACUGAGGAUGCUAGAUAUAGGGUUAUCAAGCAUGACAAUACUGCCAAAGGUGAAUCAAAAGGGGAUUUCAGUCGUGGGGAGCAGCGGGGAGCGUGA